UGCCUUUUGACACACCUAGCGAGACUGAGUGAGGCUACUUCUGAUUGUGAAACGUCUAUCAAUGAUUUUUUAGUGAUUGUGACCGCAUACAUUUCAUCGCACUAUGGCCUUGGAAGGAUUUCGUUGUGUCGUCCUGUUUUUGUGUUCGUGCUGUCUGUCCACCACAGCUGGACUGGGAGUCAUUUGGGACGUCUUUGGCAUCAACAGAGAGAAUGUGACCCGGGAGCACUGGACCCCGUCCCAGGCGGUGCCGCAGAACCGGUUUUUCUUGGGCGACAUCACGCCGGCCGGCCAGCGGAUACCGGGGCUGGCCAAGAACAGCAGGUGCUGCGGCAGGACCAACCGCGACGGCAUCCAGCUCGACAGCGUCGGCACCAAAAUCGUCAACGGCACGGCCACGGAGCGGAGCGAAUUUCCCUGGAUGGCAGCGCUUGUUGAGCGCACGGAUACAUUCCUGGGUGGAUUGCCUUUCUGCGGCGGGUCUCUGAUAAAUGACCGCUACGUGCUGACGGCGGCUCACUGCAUCGCAUGGUGGCCAUCCCCACUAUGGGGUCAGGUCAUACUCGGCAAACACGAACUUCGUGAAACGUCUGAGGGUGAGCUUCGGCUGGACGUGAAACAGAUCAUCUUACAUCCGGGAUACGACGAGAAUAUGUCACAGUUUGUACAAGGCAAUGACAUAGGGCUGCUGAAGUUACGGACGACACUUACUCUGCCCAUCGGGAACAACCGGAUCGCGCCGAUCUGUCUGCCUUCCAGAAGCCAGUUCAUCAAUGCAGAAGCAGAGGUCGCCGGAUUUGGUAUCACGAAGUACAUGGGCGACCCCGUGGUGGACCGGGCCGAUCAGCUGCAGAGCGUCAAGAUGAGGAUCGUCAACAGCGGUGUGUGUGCCUUUAUCAACCCGCCGGGGCCCCAAGUCGAACCGAACAUGGUGUGCGCCCUAGGAACCACCAGCAGGACUGGAGUCUGUCAGGGCGACUCGGGUUCGGCACUGAUGGUGGCCGCUCGGUACAAGAGGUCACGUCGAGGGUUUUCGGCAUAACCAGCUGGGGGUACGGAUGCGCACCCCCGCUCAGCCCGUCAGUAUACGCCCGGGUGCCGUGGUUUUUGGACUGGAUCAUAGGGAAUACGAGAGAUGCCGAAUACUGCUAACAGAGCAAGCGGAGACAGACUGUGCGUGGGAUUAGAGAUGGUCGCGUUAUUGCGUGCCAUGCCAGGUCAUGGAGCGCUACUGUGUUGAUGAUGUGGAGGGCGUUUUGGAGAACCGUCAACCUCGCCCCGCUUGUUCCGCCAUCGGUCCCGCUGGUCCAGUCUCCGGUCACCCCGGGUCCAGUAGUGGUCGAGUGGUCAGUGGCCUGCUCGCAGUCCCCGCCGCGCCCAAGGCGUUUGCUCCCGUAUGGGAUUCGUCAGACUUAGUAGAGGUUAAGACAUUCACUUUGUUUGGUUUCAUUUUCGGUGGGUGAAAAAUAAAAAAAACAAAUAUUUCGGUUUUUUUAGUUACGUGUUCACUGGUUUAAAAGAUGCAAAUACAAGGAGACGAUAUUUACAAAAAGUGACAACAUGCAAAGCUGGUUCGUGCUAUCAAUGAUCUGUAACUUCCUCUUAACACUGUUGCCUAAACUGAAACAAUCGUUUGGUUCGAAUCAUCACAUCGUUAUCGCAUCGCAAUCAUAAGUAAAUUUGGUUGCGCGUCCGACCAGUCGGUCUUCUUAGUCCACGUCGUUAGAGACGCGGUCUCUUAUAUAGAGUCGGUCUGUUAUGUGGACA